AUGAGAUUUUCAAAAAGAAUUCCACAUGAAGAAGCAGCAGCAUUAAAUAAAAAAGUUGCAGUUUUUGAUUUUGUCAAGCCAACACCUUUAGGCACAACUUGGGGGCUUGGUGGCACCUGUGUUAACGUUGGUUUGUAUACCAAAAAAUUGAUGCAUCAAGCUGCUCUUUUAGGUGAAGCUGUAAAUGACAGUAUGAAAUAUGGUUGGGCUGUUGAAGAAAGUUCCUUUUUUGGGUUGUUCACUAAACGUUCACAAAUCAAUUUUAUUCGUCUCCUUUCCUCUCGUCUCCUUUCCUCUCGUCUCCUUUCCUCUCGUCUCCUUUCCUCUCGUCUCCUUUCCUCUCUCGUCUCCUUUCCUCUCGUCUCCUUUCUCUCGUCUCCUUUCCUCUCGUCUCCUUUCCUCUCGUCUCCUUUCCUCUCGUCUCCUUUCCUCUCGUCUCCUUUCCUCUCGUCUCCUUUCCUCUCGUCUCCUUUCCUCUCGUCUCCUUUCCUCUCGUCUCCUUUCCUCUCGUCUCCUUUCCUCUCGUCUCCUUUCCUCUCGUCUCCACUUACUAAAUUCUGUAUUAUUAAAACAUUUUUUUCUCUCUCUCUCUCCCUUCUAGACAAACACAAUUGGAAAAUAUUGCGAGAUGCUAUCCAGGAUCACAUUGGUUCGUUAAAUUUUGCUUACCGGGUCCAACUUAGAGAAAAGAAUGUUACCUAUGUGAAUGCUUAUGCUAAGUUUAUUGGACCUCACCAAAUUGAGGCUGUCAACAAAAAGGGAAAAGUUACAACACAUACAAGCUCCAAAUAUUUGCUGGCUCCAGGUCUCCGCCCUAAUUAUCUUGACUGCCCUGGCGCUAAGGAGUAUUGUAUAACAAGUGAUGACCUGUUUGCCUUAAAGCAUUGUCCUGGAAAGACACUUUUAGUGGGAGCUUCUUACAUUUCUCUGGAGUGUGCUGGUUUCUUGAAAGCCUUUGGCCUUGAUGUGACUGUCAUGGUUCGCUCAAUUCUACUGCGUGGCUUUGACCGGCAAAUGGCCGAUCUGAUAGGAAGUUACAUGGAAAAUCAUGGAAUCCGGUUUAUAAAAGAGUCCCAAGUAAAAAUGGUGGAGCAGGUGGAAGCUGGAGAGCCAGGUCGGUUACUAGUUACAUAUGCCAACAAUGCAGGAGAACAAAACAGUGAAGAAUUCAACACAGUGGUAUUGGCCAUUGGUCGUCAAGCACUAACUCAAGACCUUAAUCUUGAUGUUGUUGGUGUCAAAACAAACAGCAAAAAUGGCAAAAUCAUCUGUGAUGAAAAAGAGAAUAGUAAUAUUCCUUACAUUCAUGCUGUUGGUGAUAUUGUUGAUGGGAAGCCAGAACUAACACCUGUUGCCAUCCAGGCAGGGAUUCUUCUUGUGCGAAGACUUUUUGGUAAUGGUACAGUUUUGUGUGACUAUAACAAUAUACCAACAACAGUGUUCACUCCAUUGGAAUAUGGCUGCAUUGGCCUUACUGAGGAAAAAGCAAUUGAAAUGUAUGGUGCUGAUGAUAUUGAGGUCUAUCACACCAACUAUGUUCCUCUGGAAUUUACAGUUGCUCAACGCCGUGCCAAGGAGUGCUAUGUGAAGCUAAUCUGCUUAAAAUCCCAGAAUGAAAAAGUAAUUGGAUUUCAUUAUGCUGGCCCCAAUGCAGGGGAGGUAACUCAAGGUUACGCUGUGGCACUUCGACUUGGUGCCAAGAAAGAAGAUUUUGAUAACACCAUUGGAAUCCAUCCAACUUGCUCUGAGGUCUUCACUACACUCCAGACAACAAAGUCCAGUGGAUUAAGCAUCGCCGCAGCAGGAUGCUGA